UGAUACUGACAGACUAGUGACUUCUGCCGAAGCAAGAAGAGCUAAUUCAUACCUUCAGGACAGGCCAGCGAGAUUUCUUUCCCGAAAAUGCCUGACAAGUUAAUCUUCUUCUGCAAUGGUAAAAAGAUCAUCGAAAAAGAUGCAGACCCAGAUACUACUCUAGAUGUCUAUCUUCGAACAAAGUUAAAGCUACAUGGAACGAAGCAAGCGUGUGGUGUAGGGGCAUGCGGGGCAUGUACUGUCAUGCUUUCAUAUGUCCAUCCUCAGACGAAAGCUAUACGCCAUGAAGCAGUUGUCUCCUGCCUGACGCCCAUCUGUCUCCUUCACGGCAAAGCAAUCACUACUGUAGAGGGUAUUGGAAGCACUAGAGAUAGGCUUCAUGUAGUUCAGGAGCGUCUUGCCAAGAGCCAUGGUUCUCAGUGUGGUUUCUGCAGUCCUGGGAUGGUCAUGUCCAUGUACACCCUGCUACGAAACAACCCCAAGCCACAGGUCAAGGAUAUCCUCAGGCACCUGGAAGGCAACCUGUGUCGCUGCACCGGAUAUAGACCUAUCCUUGAUGGAUUUAAGUCCUUCUGCGGGAAGGAGGAUUGCUGCCAGCGAACAGGUAGCUCAUGUCAGUCAGAGCCGGAUUAUCAGCCUAUGAGUAUGGUGAAUGAUGAAGAUUGGAAACCUUAUGAUCCUUCUCAAGAACCGAUAUUUCCUCCUGAACUUCUAACCAAUGCUGAAGAAUACAAUCAGACAGUGAUCUUUCGGAGGGGUCAAUCCACAUGGGUCGUGACGUCAACAUUGGAAGAACUGCUUCAACUCUUAGCGGACAACUCACAGGCGCAGCUCACCAUGGGGAGCACCAUUAUGAGUACGCUCAAGUACGAAGGAGAUCACUUCCCUCUUCUUGUCUCACCUGGAAGAGGAGUCACAGAACUGACCCAGGUCACAACCUCUGACACAGGGGUCACCUUUGGGUCAGGGGUCAGCGUGUCUCAUUUUGAAGAGCAUCUCAGGGGGAUGGUAGAGAGGUUGCCGGAGCACCAGACUCGGUCUGCCAGAGCUAUAACUGACAUGCUUGGUCAGUGGGCAGGGCAACAGAUUCGCAACAUGGCUAGUAUUGGUGGGAGUAUAGCAGGAGCAAGUGGGAUGUUGGAUCUCUGUAUCAUCCUCAUGGCAACCAAGACAACCAUUACUCUUGUGAAAGCGGGAGGAGCCAGGAGAACCCUUCCUCUGGACAAGGAUUUCUACCCAGAACCCAACAAGUCAGUCCUGGCUAGAGAUGAGAUUAUUGAAUCAUUGCAUAUACCUUUCACAGGACAGAAUGAUUACUUCUUUUCUCAUAAAGUGGCCGAGCGUCGUGACAACUCUCGUGCAUCAAUCAGCUGUGGGUUCAGGGUGACCUUUGAACCCGAAGGUCAAAAGGUCAAGGAUCUUUGUCUGGUGUUUGGUGCUAUUGAUGACAAUCCAUUUGUAGCUCAAAAGACAUGCAAUAGUCUGAUCGGACAACCGUGGAACCAAAGUUUUCUGCAGGAUGCGAUCCAGUCGGUUACCAUGGAGAUUACACCAAUACCUCAUCCUCAUGAGAUUUCAGCAGAGUACAGGAAGAGUGGUAUGGUGACAUGUCUUCUCAGGUUCUAUGUUCAAGUCUCCCAACGCAUCGACAACAAGCAGGCCUUGACUGGUCCUUUCACCCAUGGUCAGUUAUCAGAUCCUAGCAUACCUGCAUCCUACAAUGGGGAAGGCCCAGUCAGUACACAGAUCUAUCAGCCCCCGCCCGUAGACCAGCCGGAUGCUGAUCCCCUAGGUAGACCCAUUGUCCAUCGGGCAGCUCUUCAGCAGUGUUCUGGGGAGGCGGUCUUCUGUGAUGAUAUACCCGUACAAGAAGGUGAGCUGUACAUGGCUUUGGUUGUCAGUUCAAGAGCCCAUGCAAAGAUUGUCUGUGUGGAUGCAAGCAAGGCCCUUGCUCUAGAAGGGGUAGAAGCGUACGUGAGCCACAAAGAUAUUCCAGGAGAUAAGUGUAUCGUUGAAGGGUAUGAAGUCUUCGCAACAGAGGAGGUCCACUGUGUUGGUCAGUGCAUCGGUGCCAUUGUAGCUACCUCACACCGUCUCGCCAACAAGGCUGCCAAGCUGGUUGAAGUCCAGUAUGAAGACCUACAGCCGGUCAUCUUGACCAUUCAGGAUGCGAUCAAAGAGGAUGCCAUCUUCCGCGGACCCGACAUCGACUCUGAAUUCCACCAUGGUGACCUGGAGGGGAGCUUCCAGCAGUCUGAGGGGAUCCUGGAAGGCACCUUUGAUGUGGGAGGCCAGGAGCACUUCUACAUGGAGACUCAGAUGUGUGUUGUGAGACCCGGUGAAGACGAUGAAAUGACCAUCCAUGCCUCUGCCCAAGCUAUUACAAACGUGCAGAAUGCUGUUGCGAGAGUUCUUGGUGUCCCUCGUAAUCGCAUCGCUGUUCAGGCCAAGAGGAUCGGGGGAGCCUUUGGAGGAAAAGAAGAGUUCCUCACACACAAUGCUGCAUGUGCUGUAGCUGCCAAAAUGUUGGGCCGAUCCGUGCGCAUCCGAUUAGACCGCUCUACAGACAUGCUGAUGUCAGGUGGACGCCAUCCAUUCCACGCAAAGUAUCGCGUCGGUUACCGUAGCGAUGGCCGUAUCCUGGCUCUGGAUGCAGAUCUCUAUGCUAAUGCAGGCUAUCGUAAUGAGUCUACUACUUGGGUUGUGCGCCAAAGUAUGCUUGUAUUUGAGGGUUUUUACAGCUUCCCUGGUUUCCGAGUGAAAGGCCACUGCUGUCGAACAAACAUGCCGUCUAACACAGCUAUGAGGGGCUUUGGUGCCCCACAGUCAUUGGCUAUCAUGGAGCAGAUCUUGUCAGAAGUAGCGAUUGCGACAGGUGUCUCGUCGAGGAAGGUGCAAGAGCUCAACUUCAAACCUGAUGGAGCGUUGAUGAUAGAGGGCGCUAAUCCCAUGGAAAUGGACAUCUUUAAGGAAUGCUGGGAUAGGUGUCUCCAACUGAGUGACUAUGAGAAAAGACUGAAUGCAGUGGAGCAGUUCAAUAGGGUGAAUACUUGGAAGAAGCGCGGUCUUUCCAUCGUCCCCACUAAACAUGGAAUCGGAAUAUUUGGUCUUAUGAGCCUCAAUCAGGGAGCAGCCCUGGUUCACAUUUACACCGACGGAUCGGUCUUGGUCAACCAUGCCGGCAUUGAGAUGGGGCAGGGCCUCUACACUAAACUUAUCCAGGUUGCAAGCAGAGCGCUAGAUGUACCUGUGAGUAAGAUUCAUACCAGUCCUACAGCUGUGGAUAAGGUGCCUAAUACAACAGUAACAGGUGGAAGCACUGGCACCGAUUUACAUGGUACUGCUGUUAAGAUAGCCUGCGAUAUCUUAAAGGAGCGCCUUGAGCCAUACCAAACAGCCAACCCUAAAGGUACAUGGGAAGAUUGGGUCAGUGCAGCCUAUAAUGAUCGAGUUAGCCUGUCCACUACAGGCUUUUACAAGAGGCCUUUCUCACCCUUUGACUGGAAUACCCUGACCGGUAACCCAUACUUCUACUUCACCAUGGGGGCCGGUGUGUCGGAGGUGGAAAUUGACUGCCUCACAGGAGAGCAUCAGUUACUACGAACCGAUAUCGUCAUGGACGUUGGCAAGAGCAUCAACCCAGCCAUAGACAUAGGCCAGAUUGAAGGAGGCUUCCUCCAGGGCUAUGGCUACUUCACCAUGGAGGAGAAAAGAUUCAACCAAGAGGGCGCCCUAACCACCGACAGCCCUGACUCCUACAAGAUCCCAUCAGCUAAGGACAUUCCAAAGGAGUUCAACGUGACCCUCCUGAGAAACAUGCGCACCCCUGAAGAUCAUCUCUACUCCUCUAAGGGUAUCGGAGAACCGCCCUUCUUCAUUGGGGCUUCUGUAUUUUUUGCCAUCAAGCACGCCCUCACGAGUUCUCGCUCUGACAAUGGCUUGGGUGGUGUCUUCAAGUUCAACGCACCAGCCACUGUCCAGAAUGUACGCAUGACAUGCGGUGAUCUGAAGACGGAAGAAUAAUUUGUGGUGGAGGGAGGAUAUGUGAAAUUACUUUUGUAAUGCAAGUUUAAGUAGAGCUUGUGAUACAUGUUGGCAGAAAUACCUUGGACAGGUUUGAAUGUGGAAUAAAAGGUUGUGUGUGAUUGAUGUAUAGGGAACCUACUACCAUUAUUAUAGUCAUUACUUUCCUUAUUAUAAAGGCAAGGUAAACUUCAAAGUCAUUUUAUUUUCCUUAUUCCAUGUAGAAAAUAUAGAAUGUGACAAUCAUGUAAAAUGUACUGUUCUUGAAAUGAUGUUACAUUUCAAUUCAAGUAAUGACAUGGAUUGCUUUCUAUUUCCACAAUCUUGGUGUUUGCAUAAUUUUGCUUGCAUAUUCUGUCUAAAAUGUCUUCCCUAUUCAAAGUCAGCUUAUGUCAAUAUACUCAGUACUUAUUCAUAUGCAGUAUAUAUGUAUUAAAGUUCAGAAUAUUAUUUCUAAAAAUAUUAAUGGGGUAAAUGCAAUCAUGAAGUGAUUACUGGUGCUUUUUUCUUUCGUCAAACUUUUAGGUUUGGGCAUCAGCUGCUUCUUCUGCAGCUUGAUUGUAAAGAAACAAGAUGAAGUUUAUGUAAUCACAGGCUACCAAUAAUAUGGAAAUAUAAUUUUUUUUUGAAGAACUUUUAAAGAAGAAUUGCUCAUUCAAUGACAAUUGGUGUGGGGCUUCGCAUCUUAUUUUACAUAUUUUUUUCUUUCUUGUUGAUGAAAAGUAAUUUAUGUUGUAUUACUGCUGUUUUUCUUUGUUUGGGGGAGAGGGGGGGGGGGGGUGUU